AUGCCCCGGCAUACGUAUUCUGCCGCGGUGCUGCUGCUCUUCUGCGUGUUGUUGAUAUGCUGCGGGAGUGGCGCGUCUGCCAGUGAUCAAAGGGAUGUCAAGGAUCCGUUUACAGGGACGACGGAGAUAACUGAGUCUCAAUGGAAGGACAGCGGGGAACAAAGCCAAACAGUCAGCUCGCUGCGUGUGCCCAGUCUUGUUGCAGUGGGGGAGGAUGUGUUUGCCGUUGCCGAGGCGCAGUGCGCGAAUGGAGACAGCGACGCAGGCUGCUUUGUCGGGAUUGCGUCGAAGCACCUCAAGCAAACCGCGGAGGGCGCAAUGGAGAUCUCGGCGGCGGAGGCAAGCUUCUUCCGCACUCAGUUUCUAAAAAAAGGCGAGAAGGAGGCAAUGGACAUCAUGCGGCCAACAACACUUGUGCGGGGCACCGAUGUCUACAUGCUGCUGGGAAACUACAGCCGUACGGCGCCUACGGAUGAAGCUACCGGCACCAAUGGCUGGGGUCUUUUGCUGGUGAAGGGAACUGUCACUGGCGAGGAUGGCGCGAAGAAACUCACAUGGAGUAACCCCAUGCAGUGGAGCCUGAAGCCCACGCAGGUCUUGACCCCCUGA